AUGUCGGACCCACCCUCCGCACCAGCGCCGCACGAAUCGCUCCCCAUCCAACCCGAGGUGGAAACCUCCAUCUCGUCCAUCCUCGCACAGAACCGUCGCUCCGCAACCACGUUCGUCGUCCACAAACACUCGUCCGAAGCAGCCAAGAACUGGGACAAGUUCUACAAGAACCACCAGGACAAGUUCUUCAAAGAUCGACACUGGACCAAUCGCGAGUUCGGGUCUGAGCUCGCAUCCGCUGGUUCUUCUUCUGCAGGCAAAUGCAAAGCAGCGGCGACGGAGGAGGAUCGGGAGGAAGAGACGAGGAUGGUCGGGGAGGAUCUUCAAGGCGAUGCCGAAAGCGUGUUGUUAGAAGUGGGUUGUGGAGUGGGAAACAUGCUGUAUCCGCUGCUGGAAGGCAAUGCUUCGCUCAAAGUGCACUGCUGCGACUUUUCGGCACGUGCAGUCGACAUGGUGAAGAAACAUCCGCUGUACGACCCCGAACGAGUCAACGCUUUCGUCUACGACCUCACCUCCACACCACCCUCACCCUCGCUCUCCUCCUUCCUCUCCUCCCAACCAUCCUGGCCAAAUCCCACCACGAUCAGCCUCAUCUUUGUGCUGUCCGCCAUACCCCCCACGCUCCACGCUCACGUCCUCUCCACCCUCCGCGACAUCCUCCUCCCGCACGGAGGUCACAUUUUGUUCAGAGACUACGCAUACGGUGACCUCUCCCAAGUCCGUUACCACACCAAAAAGGACGCCGCCUGGGCCGAACCUAGUCUGCUCUCCGAUGAUCAUCAUUGGUAUAGACGAGGAGAUAACACGUUCAACUACUUUUUCCAGGAGGAAGAAUUGAGGAAGUUGGCGAGCAAAGUCGGGUUGGAGGGGGAGGUGGAGACGUUGAGGAGGACAGCGGUGAAUAGAAGAAGCGAGGUGAAUAUGCAGAGAAGGUUUGUUCAGGCGAAAUGGUAUGUUGAACCGAGAAAGAACGAGUGA